UUCUGUAGUUGCUCGGUCGAAACAUUCGUUCGUGUGAUUUGGGCCAUUUAUUUGUGAGAAAAACAAAGGCCGUUUUUAAAGAUUAUUUCACCUAAUCGUUUUAUUUCAGGAAUAUGGUGGAUACCGCUCAUUCGAGGGAUCGGUUUUAGUUUUAAGACUUUGGACUACAUUAUAUUAUAUUAUUCGAACGAUGGAACAAAGACGACGGAGUCGGGAGCCAUGGAGGCUGCUCCGGCGCCUCGAUGCUUUUUUGGUCGCAUUGAUUUUUGUGUUUCAUACUGCCUCUGCACAGGUUCGGUAUUCAAUAUCCGAGGAUAUUAAACGAGGAAGUAUUGUGGGAAACGUCGCGAAGGACCUUGGACUUCAUGUAGCUAUCUUAAAGGAGAGAGGAUUCCGUAUCGUUUCUGGCUCGAACGAACAGCAUUUUGAGAUCAACCAAAACGACGGGAAUUUGUACGUGAGCCAGGCUGUAGACCGGGAGAGGAUGUGUGAGCGGAGCAGUGUUUGUCUCGUCAAUCUGAAAACCGUUCUAGAGAACCCACUGGAAAUACACUACGUGUCAGUGGAGGUGGUGGAUGUAAAUGAUCAUGCUCCCGUUUUUUCAGAUAAAGUCCAACGUCUUGAAAUAUCUGAAUCUGUAUUACCUGGUGCUAAAUUUACAUUACAGGCUGCACAGGACCAAGAUGUUGGGUCAUAUUCUGUCCAACAUUACAAACUGAACCAAAAUGAACAUUUUCGUUUGGAGAUCAGGGAUAGAGGGAAGGACGGUAAAAUACCUAUUCUCAAUAUGCAGAAGCCACUCGAUAGAGAGUCAAUGAGUAGUCAAAUGUUACUGCUAACAGCUUUGGACGGGGGGAAACCUCCAAAAUCCGGUACUGUACAGAUUAUAGUUAACGUACUAGACGUUAAUGACAAUUACCCGGUUUUUACUAAAGAUAGCUAUUCCGUUUUGUUGAAUGAAAACUCAGCUAUUGGCACCACCGUGUUACAAGUAAAUGCAACGGAUCUAGAUGAAGGAUCCAACGGUGAAGUAAUUUAUUCGUUUGCCAAUCAUGUCAACGAACAAAUCCGAAAAGUAUUUGAAGUUGACGCCAACAAAGGAGUCAUAAUUGUAAAAGAUGUGAUAGAUUUUGAGACGGACGACAGCUACGAGAUUGAUAUACAGGCGUCGGACAGAGGUUCCGCUACACUUAAAACAGACAAAAGCGUAUUGGUCAAAAUAGUUGAUCUUAAUGAUAAUGCACCGGAGAUUGAAGUGACAUCUUUUUCCACUGCUCUCCCCGAGGAUUCUAGAAUCGGAACCACUGUAGCAUUAAUCAGUGUAAGUGACAAAGAUUCUGGUCUGAAUGGGAAAGUAGUUUGUUCUAUGACGACAGGUUUGCCUUUUACAAUAAUGCCAUCGUCCCAGGAAAACAUGUACUCUGUCGUUUCCAAGAGCGCGCUGGAUAGGGAGAAGCGAUCCCAAUACGACAUAACAAUUACGGCUAAAGACACCGGUGAGCCAGCACUCACGGCUGACAAGACGAUUAGUGUUCUUAUAUCAGAUGUGAACGAUAACCAUCCGGAGUUUUUAGUCAGCAAAUACGAUUUUUAUAUCAGUGAAAAUAACGUGGCGGGUGCCCCAAUGUUUUCAGUCAAAGCGGUUGAUUCAGAUGAGGGUAGCAAUGCGCUUGUUUCUUAUCGCAUUCUCAAAACUGAAGGUGACAUUAACAAACGCGCAUCUUUUUUAAAUAUAAACCCGGAAAAUGGCGAGAUAUUAGCUCUGAAGUCUUUUGAUUUCGAAGUGGAGAAAACAUUCCAGUUCAAGGUGUGUGCCUCGGAUUCUGGAACUCCGUCGCUGACCAGCAACGCCACAGUCAACGUGUUCAUUCUGGAUCAGAACGACAACGCGCCCGUUAUCUUGUACCCGACCAGCACCAACGGUUCCGCAGAAGGUGUGGAGGACAUUCCGCGCAACGUGAACGCGGGUCACUUGGUCACCAAAGUUAGAGCUUAUGACGCCGACAUUGGAUAUAACGGAUGGUUAUUAUUUUCCAUACAACAAAUUACUGACCACAGUCUCUUUGGUUUGGACCGCUAUACUGGACGGAUAAGAACACUGCGCUCAUUCACAGAGACAGACGAGGCGCAACAUAAACUGGUCAUACUGGUCAAAGACAAUGGAAACGUGUCACUCUCAGCAACAGCUACUGUUGUUGUUAAGCUGGUGGAGCCCAAAGAGGCCAUUUCAGCUUCUGAUGUGAAGAGUGCAGCGACUGACAUUGUGGAUAGUGGCGUGACAUUUUAUUUAAUGAUAACUCUUGCUUCAGUUUCAACUCUAUUUCUUAUCAGUAUUAUUGUGCUGAUUGCAAUGCAGUGCUCUAAAACAACAGACGUAUCCUCCAAGUAUUUACCAGAAACCAACUAUGACGGAACUCUGUGUCACAGCAUCCAGUACAGAUCUGGAGAGAAACGCUACAUGUUAGUUGGACCCAGAAUGAGUAUAGGAUCUACUAUAGUCCCGGGGAGCAAUGGGAACACUCUAGUGGUCCCUGACAGGAGGAGUACAUCUGCUGAGCCCCAAACAACACCCAACCCUAUAGAGAUGAACACCUGGAGCUACAGGGGAAGGCCGACAUAGUACUGAAGCUCGUCUCUUGUUUGUGUUGACCCGUCCAACAUGGAAUGAGGAGAGAGAGAUGGAGGACAAACGAUGAAGAAGAUGAUUAAUGGCGGAUGAGCAAAUGGCACUCCAUGUGCUUUAGAGCCGGCCUCAGUAUCAUCACAUUCAAGUGAUCAACACAUAUGGACAUUGUGUGCUAACAAAUGUGAAUAGUUAUAGUUAUUGAUAUAAAAAAAAAAAAAAGAAAGUGCAUUGGAAACUCUUUCAGUUGUCUUUCCUAGUUGCAUAUCUGCAGGCUUCAUUGUAAACUUAGAUUACUGAUGCAUGCAUUGUUGUGUAAGUGUGCCAAUAAAUGCAUAGUGCUUAGUUCAAAGGAUGUAUCAUACAAUGAAUACAUGACAUUGCAUGAUCAGUGUAGUUUAUAGUAUUGUGGAAAAAAUACGACUGUGAUGGAGUGAUGUGCGGUGGAGUGGCGCAGGUGUUGGUCAGUGGUCGUGGUAAUUGUUUCAGAUUAGGUUAGAGGUAGCGGUUAACAGUAUGCAUUUAGGUGAACACACCUGGCCUGUUGUACCUAGUAUCUGUCGUCAAGUCAAACUCCACUUUUACUGCGUACUUAAGGGGUGGAUAUCAUUUUAUUUGUCCUGCAUAACAUUAUCCAUUCAACAUGCAUUCUACCUGCUGCACAUGUAUAUACUGCUAACUCUUCCGGUCAGUGCUUUAAAUCUGCGGAAAUAGUAAAUAUUGUGUCAAAAUAUAGCCUUGAACUGUUUUCUGUAUAUAUAUAUAUAUCUUUUCUACUGUGUCUUAAUCCUCUCUGUGUCAAAUCCACAUUCCCUGUGUUUCCCAGCGUAUCAUGCAUGGUUCUCCAGACCACCAAUGAUCAUGUCUGUGCCGUUUAGCCAGAGAGUUCAUGUUUGUCAACCGUUGUAUCUUAUUAUGGCAUGUCCACUGAAUGUUCUCUAUUCUGUGUAUUUUCAUUUAUUCAUUUAUUACAAGAGAAAACAUUUCUAGAAAAAAAAAACAUUUUUUGGAACAUUGUGUUACAAUCGAACAAAUACAAAUAAAAAUGCCAUGUUGAAAUCUCCAUGUAAUCUGUAGACAGUUAGUCCUGGAGGGUGAGUCAGCCCGCACACAUGGAGCUUUCUGAAGCCUUGUUCUGUCCCAAAGCGAGUCUGCCUUGCAAACGGGGUCCAUCUGUCCUCAUAACGAAAUAACAAUAAGUGGAAUCAGACAUUGAGGAUUUCUGUAGUCA